AAAUUCCGGCGUCUGCAACCCCAAAAACCUCUUCCUCUCUCCUUCCUUCCUCCCUAUAUAGAUUUUUCCAGUCCUUUGUCUUUCCUCCUCUCUCUCUUUUUUCUAUGGGUUUGAGGUUCUGAAACUCUGUUUUUUGAGUUUCUGCUCUGUUUCUGAGGUCCUUUUUGUGAUCUGGGUGGUGGAUCUUUAUUUUGGGUGUUGUUGGGAUUUCUGAGCUUGGGUUCUGAUUUUCAGAUCCAUAUCUCAAAACCCAUUUUCUGAAUCUGGUUUUUAUUGCUGAAAUAUAUCAUUUUUCUGAUUCGCAACGCUAUUUCUUCUGUUUUUCUGUGGGAGCUUGGUGGAAAUUCUGUUGGAAUUUCUACCUUUGAAGGUGGGUUGCUGGAUUUUUAUAUUCAGUACGGAAAACCCAUUAUCUAAUCUGUUGGUUUUUUUCCGUUUUCCGCCAGAGAUCCCAGGUUUAAGUCAAAAACAGGGGCUGAUCCUCUGUUUUCUGGUACUGAGCUCUGGUUUUUCCCAUUUUCCACUUUCAUAGUCUCCAUAUCUACACAGAUUCCUUUCUGGGUUUUGGAUAUCCUCUUCAAUCCCCUCAUCAAACCUUCUAUAAGGCAUCUGGGGCUGAAAAUCCAUCUCCUUUUCUUCCAAAAUCCCUCUUUCUGCCAAUUUUCUUUGUGGAUCUUGUUUUUAUCACCGGAAAAUCUUCAAAAAGUUGAAGGUUUUCUGCAAUUUUAGAUUUUGUAGAAAUAUCCUCUCUGUCUCUUCAAAUUCAUAUGUAUGAUCUGUCAGUCUUGAUGUUUCCUGAUUGAUGUCUCCAAUCAUCAGCGAAAUCCUCCUCUCUGGGUUUAUGAUAAAUUCGACUCUGCGGCGCAGGACCCAUCUAGUUCAGUCUUUCUCAGUUGUUUUCCUUUACUGGUUUUAUGUGUUUUCAUGAGCUCGCUUCGAGAAAUCUGAUCAUAUAGGUCCUGAUAUUUCAGCUUUUUAUAUCAAUAAUCCUACUAUAAUCAAAACCCAAAUCCUAGUUUUCGAUCAAUUAGCUUGAAAUAAUCGAGAUCUGAGUCUUUUCUCUCUCAUCUUCACUGCCUAUAAUCCUAGAAAAAUCCACUUAAAGAAAUCUGUUUUGUGUAUAUAUAUAAAGAAAUCAUGGCUACUUCUAGUGGGACAUCUUCAGGUUCUGGGUCCACCUUGCUACAGAAUUCAGGAUCAGAAGAAGAUCUGCAGCAUGUUAUGGAUCAAAGGAAGCUUAAAAGGAUGCAAUCCAAUCGUGAAUCUGCCCGGCGAUCGCGGAUGCGCAAGCAGAAGCAUCUGGAUGAUCUGAUGGCCCAGGUGGCCCACCUGAGGAAGGAGAAUAACCAGAUCCUUACAAGCUUGAACAUCACCACACAGCACUACUUGGGUGUGGAGUCUGAAAACUCAGUGCUGAGGACACAGAUAAUGGAAUUGACCAGCAGGCUGCAUUCCCUCAAUGAGAUCAUCCAUUACAUGCAUGGGAGCCAUGAUCAUGAUCAUGAUCCUGAUUGUGGGCCCCUCAAUACAUUGGCCUGUGAUAGCUACACCAGGCCCUGGGACUUGCAGUUUUUAAAUCAACAACCCAUCAUGGCUUCUGCAGACAUGUUUCAGUACUGAUUUUCCCAUGCCUUGAUGAACUGUGUAACAAGGGUCUGGUUCUUGCUGCUGUUGGGCUGUUUGUAUUGAGGUUUUGAUAAAAAAGAACAUGUGGUGGAGUGUUAAGACAAAAGCUGGGGGCAUGAUGUCAAUUGACUUCUUGCCUGUAUAUGGACAACAUCUACAUGCAUAUACAUUUCAUGGGCUAUGAAUGUAAUCGAUCUUUUUUUAUUAAUAUAUGAUAAUAUAUAAUAACUUCCACAA